UCUAGUUUAUCCAUCAUGGCCGUCAUGUUUCUACGCUUCUAGCCGAGUGUGUAUUUUCGUUAACAAUUAUUUAGCAAGAUAAAAUUCCGUGAACGUGUGCGUUUACUUUUAAAAAUGUGGCUGUCGUUAAUAUAUGUGCGGUCGUUAUAUUUGUAGAUCGUAAAUCGCUGAAAAAACUAAUCACCAUGAAACCUUACGAUAAAUCGAAUUCGUUUAUGCGAAGGGUCACAAAACGUGUGUCAGAACUUAUACCCGGCACAACAUGGAUGAAUAAACUAUUGAAAGACACGCAAUCUAACAAUGAUCCAUCAACAAGUGAAUAUGAUGAGCAACCUCCAGUAAAAAAACUUUGUACUCCAAAUAACACUUUCAUAAAAUGUACUAACAGAUCUGAUCUUAAUACAACUGAAUUAUCCAACUCAUCUGAUAAACAUAAGAAUUCAAAUAUAACCAUUCAAAAUUCUGGAAUUUCUGUACCAUAUACAUCUAGCACAAUUAAACAAUAUCCAUCAUUUACAAAUCAAACAAAUUCUACAUUUAGAGAAAAUGUGGUUAAUAAUCCUUUAAAAAGGAAGUCUGAAGAAACUGAUUAUUCCAAUAUUAAUCAGCAAUCUCCAUCAAAACCAGCAGCUUUUAACUUUGCAUCCUCAACUCCAGCUUUAUUAUCUACCAAUAAAUCAACUAAUUCAAACAUAAAUCUAAAAAAAUCUUAUACUUCAGACAGAUCAUCCAUAACUAAUGAUUUUUCUACACCACCUUCUUUAAAACAUAUUAUGAAAUUAAAAAAUAAUGACUCAAAUUCCUUAAUAAAGUUUGGAGACGCAUCUAAACGUACUUCAUCCCCAUCAUUUCGAUGGGAUACUUUUGUCAAUUAUGGGGAGUUAUCAGAACGCCAAAAGUUGUUCGCCCAAAAAUCUCCGUUAAACUGUUCUCAAGUUGUAUAUGGAGGAGGUUCGGCACAUUCUAACUUAUCCAAAAUACUUGGUAAUACACCUCCAAUUCAUAGAAAAGCUAUCCUUCCAAUUUCUCCUGCUACUAAUAAUGAAAUUAGGACUACAUCGUCUAUUUUAUUGAAGCAUAUGUCAGCCAAGGACAAAGUAAUUGAAGAAAAUAAAUAUAUUAUUCAACCUAAAGUAAAUAUAAGACAUAGAGCAGAAAAAAAAUCUAUCCCCAUUAAAGCAGAAACAACAGUUUGUCUUAUUGAUAUUUCUCCAGAAAAAUCAGAGUCCCAAACAACUGAUAUCCAGCAUAUUAGUCGAGAUACUAACAGGAAAUUAAGGGCUAAUAUAUCAAAAAAAUCAAGAGGCUUGCAAUCCAAUGAAUUCGAAUUGCCAUCAAAAGUUGAAUUACCAAAUGUUUCUUUAUCAGUACCUAUAUUACCAAGUAUUAAAUUAACUUCUGAUGAUUCUGAUGAUGAGUUUACAUUUAAUCAACCGUUAACAUUAGAACAGUUUACUGAACAGGUUGUAGAAAAAACAUUUAUAACACAUAAUAAUACACCAGAAGUUAAGUAUGAAAAAUCAAUUAAUUUAUUUAACACUAAGAUAAGCAAUCAAAAUAUAUCUGAUUCCUCUAGUAAGCCAAUUUCUCAAGAAACAAAAUCUAGUAAUAAUUCUAAAAAUGAUACUGAAACUAUAGCUGUCAUAAAAUCUGAUAAAAUACCUAUAUCAUUUAAAUUUAAUGAUGCAAGUAAACAAAUUAACAUGAACUCUAGUUCUCAAAUGGAAUCAUCUAAUUUAUCUUCUAGUGCUUUUAUUAGCAAAUCACCAGUUUCACUUGAGUCAAAUAAAAAAAAUGUUUUGAGUGUGACUGCUAAUACUAUAAAAAAUUGGUCAUGUGACACAUGUUGGGUAUCUAAUGAUAGUGAUAAAGUUAACUGUAUAGCUUGUCAAACACCCAAAGCGGGUGUUACUCAAAAAACAUUACAAUUAUGCAAACCUAGCACUUGGACUUGUGAAACUUGUUGGGUGCCAAAUAAAAGUGAAAAUGAUACAUGUGUUGCUUGUCAAUCAUUAAAAUCAGGAGUAACCAAAAAAACGUCAGCACAAAAAUCAUCUUCUUGGAAAUGUAAUGAAUGUUGGGUAAUUAAUAAAAAUGAAGAUGUUUCAUGUAUUUCUUGUGGAACAAAAAAAACAGAUUCAAAUUUAGAAAAUAAAUUACAAUCUACAUCUCAAUUCAAAUUUGGACUAAAUAACAACAAGUUGGAUAAUAGUGGUUUUAAAUUUAAAUUUGGACUUGAUAAUAGUAAAAUAAAUGAGCCUACGAGUGAAUUUAAAUUUGGACUAAAUAAUAGUAAAAGUGAACUACCUGUAAAUCAGUUUAAAUUUGGUGAAUUGAAUAAUGAUCUUGAAAAUAAAAAAAUUGAGUCUCCUGUUAGUGGUUUUAAAUUAAAUACUAAUUCACCUAAAACAGAAAACUCAUCUUUUGGAACUUUUAAGUUUGGAGUUGAAAACAAGAAUGAUGCCAUAAAUAAUACUAACAGUUUAUCUAAUAGCAAUAAUGCUACUCAACCGACUAAUAAAUUCAUGUUUGGAUUUAGCAAUAAGUCAGAUCAUUCUGAUAAACAAGUUUCUAAACAAAGUAAUAUAUCUAAUACCCCUAUUAUGCAAUUUAAAUUUGGUUCUGGAAAUAUUGAACCUGAGAAAUCUGAUAAACAACCAAAACCUACAUGUGAAGAGAGUAGUACAUCUGAGAAACCUACUAAUCAGUUGAAAUUAUUCUUCAAUAAUAAAACUGAUUCUUCUCCUAAAUCUGUUGAUUUAAAAAAUGGUACAAAUAAUCAGUUUUUUGAUCCCAUUAAUCAACUUAAUAAAACUAAUUCUCAAAUUAAUUUUGGAACUGUUAUAUCAAAUUGCAAUAAUAAUUUAAAAAAUUCAUCUUCAAAUGUGGAAGAAAAAAAAACUGAAGAAUCAUCUACUGAGAAAAUUUCACACGACGAAAAGAAAGACAAAGUUGAUACCAAACAAUUCAAUUUUGGUAUGUCAUCAUCUAAAUUAUCUUCACAGAGUAAUGCAAUUACAGCUCAAAUAGUAAACGGUCAUGCACAAUCUAACGAAGUUACUAAUGAAAGUACUCCAAAUUUAAUUAAAACUUCUCAGAUGUUCACUUUUGGCUCAUUGGCUAACCCAGAACAAAUUGUACCACCAUUAGAUGAACAAAGAAAAAUACCAUCUUUUUCUUUUGGGUCAACUAAAACAGAAAUCAAUCCAUUUAGUUUACCAAUCUCUACAUCCAAUAAUUUUGGUGUUUCUACACCUGUAUUUGGAACCAGUAAUCAAUCAAAACCAUUGUUUGGUAGUGCAACAAGUUCUUCAUCAACAGUUAAUUCUACUGUUCCAGUAUCUAGUUUUACCUUUGGAUCUAUUACUCAACCAACAAAUAAUUUUUUCUCAAAGUCGGUAAAUGAUGAAAAAUCUGGAAAUCAGGUUUCAAAUACUUUUACCACAAUGAGUAACAGUAUGUUUUCAUUUGGUUCCCAAUCUCAACCUGUAUUUAGUGUAUCUAAUUCUGACACGCACUCGAAACCUUUCAUUCAAACAAUUGAUCAACCAAAGACUUCCUCAAAUUUAUUUGGCCAAGCAACUACUAAAACAGCUGUUAAACUGGAUCCAAAUGCACCUAUAUCAAUUAAUUUUACUGGUGGCACAAGAACUCAAUUUACUGCUCAGCCAGAAACCUCAGAACCACCAACUAAAAGAAAAAUUUUGAAACCUGUUAGAAGGAUACGGUAAAAUAUGGGCAUACUACUUUUAUCUUAACAAGUUUCACAAGUACUACAUGUAUUGAAUCAUAUUUGACUAAUUAUGGUAAUAUUGGUCAUGAACAGACAGUAUAUUGAGUUUAUUGUGAAAUUGACCCAUCUAAAAAGCUUACUUUUUUUAUUAACAUACUUUUUUGUUAAUUUAUUGAUUUUUGUACAUAAUAGUAAGUAUUAUGUAUUUUUAUUUUUGUAUAUUACUAUCUUUAUAAUGGUUAUUUUUAUUGUUUGUAUUCGACCAAAUCUGGUUUAUUUAGUGUAAUUAUAAAUCUGUCUGAUUCUGAGAUAAGUGGCUGUUUUUGAUACUUCGCAGCGAGCAUUGUUUUUAUUCAUAUAAUUUGGUCUUAAAAUGUUAAAAGUAACUAGAAAGAUUUAUUUAUUUAAUAGUUUUUAAAUUACUUCAUGAAAAUAUUUUUAGCAUUAAAUAAGAAAGAAUUUUUUAUUGACUAUUUUUAUCCAUAAAAUGAUACAGACUUUUUUUGAUUAAAUCAUAUAGUUAUAUUUCAUUAAAAUAAAACUUUAUUGUUAUUUAACUAAGCUAUGGUAAAAUUAUUACAAAAUUUCAUAAUUAAUUUGCCUUUUAUUUAUGUUUUAUAUAUAUAACUGAACCUACUAAAUUAAUUUAAAAAUAAUUAUUCAGGCAGGAAUAUAAUUAAUUGUAUAUUUUAUAUAGCUAUUUAGUCGUUAAUAUUUUAGUUAAGUAAAUUUUAAGUCUGACCCAAGGAAUUUCUUAAAUAAGCUAUAAUGUUGUCUAUUGCCUUAAGACAAUAGUUUUACUUGAACAAUUCUUUUAUUUCUUUUAUGUGACUAUGAUGGAAAUUUUUUUUUAAUUAAGACCAUUUACUUGAAUUUUGUUACUGUUAUAAUGUAUAUAAUUGAUAAAAAUGGCGUAUCAGAUGUAUACAUUUUAGUUGGAAUUUCGCCAAAUGGCCUAUAUGUCUGUGAUAUUCUUGUGGGUCAGGCUAUGACGUUCUUCGAUAAAAAUUAAAUUAUCGAAUUAUAUGGCAGGCUCACUCCUUUAAAAUUUAAUGCUAAUUCAAUUAUGAAUUAAUAUUAAUUAAUGAUAAAUGAAUUAAAGUUCAUAAUUUGAUGUUGGUGAAAAGAAAAAACAUUAUAGUUAAGUAACUAUUUUUUAAUACAGAAAGUUUAUUUCCAUUUUGAUUGUUUAUGACAGUAAAAAGUUAUUGUAUUGUUAUCUAUUUAUAUUCAUUUGUUGUACAGUGUUACAGAUUAGUUAAAUACUUGUAUUAACUGGUAAAUGGAAAUAAACUAAUUUGACUGUGAUUUAUGGAUAUAUUAUUUUUGUCCGAAAAUGUAGUUUAGGAGUAAGGCUGCUAAUAAGAGCUUCAUGUAGCCUAUAUUUUCUUGUACAGAUAUUUUUAAAUAUAUAUGUACUUUAACUGUUUAUAAAAACUAAUGUUAUUUCAAAUUCUUUAAAAAUUGUAAUAAAAUACAAUGUAAAAUAAACUUAUGUUUGUUUAUUUUUUAAA